AUGCGACCCGGCGUCUCAGGCUUACGCACAGCACGACCAACAGCGAAGAGCACGCUGAUUGCCGGUUUGCUGCCACUUGAUACUAGAACUACAUAUCAGAUUCCUCGAAAAAGCCCUCCACAGACUUCUGGAACACUCAUGCCAGAGCAGCGAUCAAACAGGCUUCACAUAGUCAAACCCGAUGGCGAGGCUGUAUCACGCACACUGUACAAUAUAGAGUCGAAAGAGGAGACGCAUAACCUGCAUCUGGUGGGACCCCAAGGAGUCUAUCAAACCUCACUAACUUCCCGCAACCAAUUCCCAGCCACGAGCGAGGCUACCAACGUGUCGCAAAAUCCACCUCCAAUCUUCGAACUCGACACGACGCCACCGCACAAUACCAUCCUUGCAGAGCUCUCCGCAGACAUCGACGCUGCACUGCAAGUCAGCAAUCACCCUUACACUUCUCCCCCACCUGCGCUACCACAGUCGUACGACCUGUACAGACCAUGCGUCCCUCGCACACAGUCCGCUCCACUCAGUACGCUGCCAGCAAGCUUGACAGCCGGUAACGCCCCUCCCCUACUCCCGUCCACUCCGCCACACCACACGCCUUUUGCCGGUUCGACGACACAAACGAAAGCAUCGAGAUAUUCAAAACAGUACUCGCCGCCAUUCUUUGCACAAGUACCAAAUGGCGUUCCUGCAUCGCCACCUUUUACGCCAGCACCGUUGUCGGUAUACAAAGCGUAUCAACCUACCAUCGUACCCACUUCAGGGCAAGCAUAUCCUGUUUCACCACCCGAUAGCGCUGGCGCUGAAGACCGUAUUCGGCCUACGAGCUUCGCACAGGUGAAAGAUGUUGAUGGUAUGGGACACUACUUUGCUAUACAUAACCGUCAAGCCUCGCAAGCUGUCCAAGAAGUGAGUGGGUGUCUGGAUUCGAGUAAAUUAGCGAUGGAGUAUCGGGCAGCAUUGCCCGAUUUUGACGAAGGAUAUGGAGGAAGAUGA